ACCGAGCGUUACCGAAGAAUCCCGGAAUUGGCGCAGCUUCGGGUUGUGUCAUGGUUGACAGGUGUGUUGAAGAAGAUACGAUGUUUUGAUAAGUUAAAAGUUCCGUUUGGCUACGUUCUUGGUGGCGUUUGGAAGAACCGGAUAACAGAAACAACACAUGCAAUCGGGAGAGGAAUUCAUGGCGAGUUUAGGCCACAGUACACGAUGCGACGGACGCGAGUGACCUCCCUCCACUGGGAGACGGAACUAGCAUAGCAGACUUCACUUUCUGUUCACCGAUGGAUGAGAUUAUGUUCUAAGUUUUUGAGUGGAUGUGUUUACAGUUUUAGUGUCCAAGAUGUCUGCAAGUUUCUUGCACAUCGGAGAUAUCGUGUCCCUUUAUGCCGAAGGGAGUGUCAAUGGAUUUAUCUCAACCUUGGGUCUGGUUGAUGACAGAUGUGUGGUGCAACCCGAUGCAGGGGAUCUCAACAACCCACCCAAGAAAUUUCGAGACUGCCUGUUCCGGAUAUGUCCCAUGAGCCGCUACUCUGCCCAGAAGCAGUACUGGGAAGCCCAGCGCCAGUCAUCCACCGACCCAAUCCUGCUGGAGAGACUCCAUCAUGCGGCGGAACUCGAGAAGAAGCAGAAUGAAGGAGAGAGCAGAAAACUGCUGGGUUCCGAGAUUCAGUAUGGCCUGGUGGUACAGUACCUUCACCUGAAGAGCAACAAGUACCUGACGGUCAACAAGCGGCUCCCAGCCCUGCUGGAGAAGAACGCCAUGCGUGUGACGCUGGACACAUCGGGGAACGAGGGAUCCUGGUUUUACAUUCAACCAUUUUACAAACACAGUUCCCCAGGAGACAGGGUGGUGGUGGGGGACAAGGUGGUGCUGAACCCAGUCAGCGACGGCCACCCGCUGCACGCCAGCAACUGUGACCUCGUGGACAACACGGGAUGCAAGGAGGUGAACUCCCUGAACUGCAACACCUGCUGGAAGGUGACUCUCUUCAUGGACUUCAAGGAAAACAAGGACGACAUCCUCAAGGGGGGUGACGUGGUGCGGUUGUUCCACGCGGAGCAGGAGAAGUUUCUCACGGGAGAUGAGUACAAGAAGAAGCAGUAUGUCUUUCUGAGGACGACGGGGAGGACAUCGGCCACCGCCGCCACCAGCUCCAAGGCAUUGUGGGAAGUGGAGGUGGUGCAGCAUGAUCCAUGUCGAGGAGGGGCUGGACACUGGAACAGUCUCUUCAGGUUCAAACAUCUAGCAACCGGACAGUACCUGGCAGCCGAGGUGGACAACGAUCCGACGGUGGACACCACGCGACAGAAGCUGCAGGGACUGCCCACCUCUGCCGUCUACUGCCUCGUCUCUGUCCCCCACGGACACGACAUCGCAUCCAUUUUCGAACUUGACCCCACCACCAUGACGAGAACAGACACUCUCGUUCCCAGACAAACGUUUGUUCGGCUGCACCAUCUCUGCACAGACACAUGGGUGCACAGCACCUCCAUCCCGAUAGACAAGGAGGAGAAGAAUUCCAUCAUGAACAAGGUUGGGUGUGCCAAGAUCAAGGAGGACAAAGAAGCGUUUGCCAUCGUCCCAGUGUCGCCACAGGAGGUGCGAGACCUGGACUUCGCCAACGAUGCCAGUCAAGUCCUGGCUGACAUUGCGAACAAGUUGGAGAAAGGUGCUAUAACACAGAACGAGAGAAGGUUUGUGACCCAGCUGCUCUCUGAUCUUAUCUUCUUCCUGGCGCUGGAGGAGAUCGGCUCCACGAUGGAUCCUCUGGAGCUGGAGGCCAGCAAGGAGGACCGGGAGAGACAGAAGCUGCUCCGGGAACAGAACAUUCUCAAACAGAUCUUCAAGAUCCUGCAAGCCCCGUUUGUUGAUCAUGGUGAUGGCGAGGGCCCCUUCUUGAAGAUGGAGGAGCUGGCGGACCAGCGUCACGCCCCCUUCCGCCAUAUCUGCCGCCUGUGUUACCGCAUGCUGAAAUUGUCCCAGCAAAACUACAGGAAGAACCAGGAGUACAUUGCCACAAAGUUGCCAUUCAUGCAGAAGCAGAUCGGGUACGAUGUUCUGGCAGAGGAAACGAUCACAGCACUACUGCACAACAACAGGAAGUUGCUUGAGAAACACAUCACAGCAUCAGAAAUCGAGACAUUUGUCAGUCUUGUGCGCAAGAAAAAGGAGCCAAGUGAUGCUGAGUUGAAACUUAACUACAGAUUGGACAAGUUUGGCCACGAGGAGAUGAAACAGGGCCGAACCCAGGCGCCCGCCCACAGGUUCUUGGACUACCUGUCAGACCUGUGUGUCUGCAACAAGGUGGCCAUCCCCGUCACACAGGAGCUCAUCUGUAAGUGUCUGCUGGACAGGAAGAAUGCAGACAUACUCAUCGAAACCAGACUUGCUACAAGGACCCUGACAGGGUAUAUCCCAAAGAAGAUUGUGAAGACGCAGGUUGAGGUGGAGCUGGUGGGCGAUGGUGUGGAUGGGCAGUUGAUGGACAGUGUAGUCCUGGAGGAGGACGACGAGGUGGUGCUCAUGUGGGACAACGAUGUCAAAUCACGCGGCAUCAGGGAGCUCGCCAUGGCAACCACAGACAGGGUGAAGGAAGACAAGGAGAUCCUGGAAUACUACAGACAUCAGUUGGAUCUGUUCUCUCACAUGUGCCUUGAUCGUCAGUACCUUGCCAUUAACAAGCUGUCUCAGGAACUGGAUGUAGACCUCAUCCUCAAAUGCAUGUCUGACGAGCUCCUCCCCGCUGUCCUGCGCGCCUCGUUCUGCCGCCUGAUGCUUCACAUGCAUGUGGAUCGCGACCCCCAGGAGCAGGUGAAGCCGGUCAAGUACGCCCGACUGUGGUCGGAGAUCCCAUCCCAGAUCUCCAUUGAAGACUAUGAGUCCGCAGUCAGCAAGGUCCCGGAGAAGGAGAGGGUGAAACACAAGUUUGCUCUCACCAUCAACUUCGUCGAGGACUACCUCUGCAACGUCGUCAACCGCGCGUGGACAGAGCCUGAGCAGAACAAACUGACCUACGAGGUGGUCAACUUGGCCCGUCAGCUCAUCUACUUCGGCUUCUACACAUUCAGUGACCUGCUGAGACUCACCAAAACACUGCUGAGCAUCCUUGACUGUGUGCCAGAGACCAACCAUCUCGCCCUCACCCCUGUCAGUGAAUCUGCUGAAGAAAGCCUAGAGAUGAGUAUUUCCGCCAUUGGUGAGGCACUGACCAAACAGAAGAAGAAGAGGGAGACUGAUGAGGAAGACACAAUCGUCAUGGAUACUAAACUCAAAAUUAUAGAAAUCCUCAAGUUUAUUUUAGACGUGCGCCUAGAUUACCGCAUCACUUGCCUCCUGUCUAUUUUUAAACGAGAACAUGAUGAGCCAAGUCAUGCAGAAAAGUUGGACCUAGAGAGCAUUGCCAACAGCGCGGAGGACAUCUUCGGUGGAAGUGAGGACACAGCCGAGCUGGACCUGGACGGCCACAGCGGAAAGAUGUUCCUCCGGGUGCUGCUCAACCUCGUCAUGCACAACUACCCCUCCCUCGUCUCGGGCUCGCUACAACUGCUGUUCCGCCACUUCAGUCAGAGGCAGGAGGUGCUGCAGACAUUCAAGCAGGUGCAGCUGCUGGUUACCCCGAGCGACGUGGAGAACUACCGACAGAUUAAGUCCGACCUGGAUCAGCUGCGACUGAUGGUGGAGAAGUCGGAGCUGUGGGUGUACAAGAGCAAGCCGGGCUCCGAAGGCAAGAAAAAGAAGAAGGAUGGAGAGGGCGGGAAGGACAAGGGGGAUGGUGACGGCAAGAAGAAGUCAAAGGCAGCGUCACAGUGGACUACUGACCAGGGAUCAGCGAUUGACCUUGAACUUGGCCCACCGAUUGAUAACCUGGCCAACAAGAAUUACAAGGCUAUCAAAGCUGUGUUGCUACGACUCACCAGACUCUGCGUCCAGGACAUCCCCGACUCCAUCAUCUCCAAAAAGCCACGCAAACAUGAGCAACGUCUCCUGCGCAACAUGGGCGCCCACUCGGUGGUCUUGGAGCUGUUGCAGAUACCCUAUGAUAAAACGGAGGACAUACGGAUGCAGGAGAUCAUGAAGCUAGCCCACGAGUUCCUGCAGGCCUUCUGUCUCGGAAACCAGCCCAACCAGGGCCUGCUGUACCAGUCUCUGGACCUCUUCCUCACUCCAGGGUUGCUGGAGGCGCAGACAACUCGCAGCAUCUUUCUUGACAAUGUCCACCUGUGCGAUGAGAUCAAGGAUCGAGUUGUGCAGCACUUUGUGCGAUGUAUUGAGACCCACGGGCGCCAUGUGCAGUACAUCAAGUUCCUGCAGACGAUCGUGAAGGCCGAGAACCAGUACAUCCGGCGCUGCCAAGAGAUGGUCAUGGCUGAGCUGGUGAAUGUGGGAGAGGAGGUGCUCCUGUUCUACAAUGAUCGAGCCUCGUUUGAGGAGCUGAUCCGCCUGAUGCAGUCGGAGCGUGACCGUGCGGACGAGAACAGCCAGCUGAUGUAUCACAUCAACCUUGUCCAGCUGCUGGCCCUGUGCACGGAGGGCAAGAACGUCUACACCGAGAUCAAGUGCCACUCCCUCCUCCCCCUGGACGACAUCGUCCGCGUCGUCACACAGCCCGAUUGUAUCCCAGAGGUGAAGACGGCGUACAUCAACUUCCUGAACCACUGCUACGUGGACACGGAGGUGGAGAUGAAGGAGGUGUACAACAGCAAGCACAUGUGGACGCUCUUCGAGAACUUCCUCAUCGACAUGGGCAUCGUGUGUAACGCCACCACGGACAGGAAGCACGCGGACACGGUGUUGGAGAACUACGUGUGCCUCACCAUCAUGAGCAUCAUCACCAUGUUUUUCAGCUCCCAGUUCUCUGACCAGAGCACCUCCGUCCAGACCAACCAGGCAGUGUUCGUGCGCCUGCUGCAGGGAGCGUUCCGUGUGUCUCACUGUAAGUGGCUGAGUGGGAGCCAGCGGUACCACGUGGAAACCUGCAUCAAGACUCUCUCCGAGACAGCCAAGGGCCGUGGCAUCGCGAUCCCUGUGGACCUCGACAGCCAGGUGAACUCCCUCUUUGAGAAGACGAACAUCGUGAUGAAACACAGCAACAAGUGGCUCAGUGCCCGGGCCAAUCGCCGCGAGUCCAACACCGACCAGUCCCGAGACUCACGCAACAUCAUCGAGGGCCUUCAGAAUGCUGAUAUAGGCUGGGAGAUAAUCGAGGAGAUAGUUUCCACACUGGAAGACCAGUUACGUCCCUUGGUUCAAGCAGAGUUAUCUGUCCUUGUUGACGUGCUACAUCGCCCUGAGCAGCUUUUCCCCCCUGGCACUGAGGCCAGGAAGAGAUGCGAGAGUGGCGGCUUCAUCUCCAGGCUGAUCACGCACACAGAGAAGCUGCUGGAGGAGAGGGAGGAGAAGUUGUGCAUCAAGGUGCUGCAGACGCUCAAGGAGAUGAUGACGAUCGACAUUGAGUACGGAGACAAGGUGGACUUGAAGACGAUGAAUAAAUCUGAGUUGGACGACCAUCGAAGGGGUGAGGCCCUUCGUCAGAGUCUGUUGACCCGGUAUUAUGGUCGGGCACACCCGCGGAACCGGCGAGACAGCGUCAUGGCCAACUCCAUUGGUGGAAGACAGGCUGUCAACCCAGGGUCUGUCAUCCUCAGUAGAGCAGAGAUGUCGCUCCACGAUGUACAGUGCCACCUGGAUCGUGAGGGCGCGUCCGACUUGGUUGUGGACAUCAUCAUCCGGAACACCAGCAACAGGAUCUUCCUGGAGACGGUGGAGCUGGGCAUCGCCCUACUGGAGGGAGGGAACAUAGUCAUACAGCGAUCACUGAUGAGCCGGCUGCGGACGGACAAGAACACAGAGAAGUUCUUCAAGGUGUUCCAUGACCGCAUGAAGGAGGCGGAGCAGGAGAUCCGGAACACUGUCACCGUCAACACGGGCGACACGGACAGGAACCUCUUCGGGGGAGAGAAAGGACAGGGCAAAGAUGGCUACACGAUGACACUCACUCUCGAACACUAUGAACAAAUGAGUCUGAGUGGAGGCAAAUCAACCGAAACCUCGGUGAAUGAUGUUUUCCGGCAUGAGUUGGACGACGCUGCCAAGCAGACCAACCAUGCCUUGUCCUCUGUCCGCCAACUCCAUGGGGUCCGCACCGACCAUGAUGGGGCAGAGGAAACGCGGACCGUUCAUCACGACGACGUAGAGAAAGUCUCUAAGGACAAAGAUGAGAAGAAGAUGUCGCCGCAGAUCAAAAUGAUGCAGCCAAUACUGAGGUUCCUGCAGCUGCUGUGUGAGAACCACAACAGAGAACUACAGAACUACCUGCGCUUCCAGCACAACAUCAAGUCCACCUACAACCUGGUGUGCGAGACGCUGCAGUUCCUCGACUGCAUCUGCGGAAGCACCACCGGGGGCCUCGGCCUCCUCGGCCUCUACAUCAACGAAAACAACGUGGUCCUCAUCAACCAAGCCCUCAGCAGCCUGACUGAGUACUGUCAGGGGCCCUGCCAUGAGAACCAGAAUGCUAUAGCUAUGCAUGAAAGUAACGGCAUUGACAUCAUCAUCGCUCUCCUGCUUAACGACAUCAACCCGCUGGGAAAACAUCGCAUGGACCUAGUACUGGAGUUGAAGAACAACGCCUCCAAGCUGCUGCUGGCCGUGAUGGAGAGUCGACAUGACAGUGAGAACGCCGAGAGGAUCCUCUACAACAUGAGUCCUAAACAGCUGGUCGAUGUUGCGAAGCAGGCGUUUCACCGAGAGGACACUGUAGAGGACGAUGAGAAGGAGGAUGAGGAGAGGGAUGCGUCCCCCAAAGCUGUCGGACACAACAUCUUUAUCCUCGCUCACCAGUUGUCUCAGCACAACAAGGAGUUGGCAGAACUCCUGAAGCCGAGCGGGACGGAUCUGUACGGGGACCAGGCUCUCAAGUUCUACGCCAGGCACACGGCUCAGAUAGAGAUCGUGCGUCAGGACCGGACGAUGGAACGGAUCGUGUUCCCCAUCCCGGAGAUCUGUGAGUACUUAACAGAGGAGACAAAGGUGAAGGUCUUCAACACGACAGAGAGAGACGAGCAGGGCAGCAAGGUGGCCGACUUCUUCGCCGCACAUGAAGAUCUUUUUGCCGAAAUGAAGUGGCAGAAAAUGUUGCGGGGGGUAACUGCCAACCCACUCCUGUUCUGGUUCAGCAGCCAUAUGCUUCUCUGGGGCUCCAUCUCCUUCAACUUCGCCGUCAUCAUCAAUCUCAUGGUGGCCGUCUUCUACCCCUUCAGCGACUCCAGGAAAGAACUGGAUCCACGUCUGUCAGGGCUGGUAUGGACAGCCAUGUUGGUGUCUCUAGCCAUCGUGAUCACAAUACCCCGACCUGCUGGUAUACGCACGCUCAUCGUCUCCACAAUACUUCGCCUCAUCUUUUCAGUAGGCCUCGGACCCACACUGUGGCUGCUAGGGGGCCUCAAUGUAAUCAACAAAUUCAUCUUCCUGAUCAGCUUGAUGGGCAACCGAGGAACAUUCUCCAAGCCCAUCAAUGUGAUUCUGACAGACUUUGAGUUCAUCUACCAUGUCAUCUACUUGCUGCUUUCAGUGCUGGGGUUGUGUGUGCAUGAGUUCUUCUACAGUCUGCUGCUCCUGGACGUGGUUUAUCGAGAGGAAACACUGCUGAAUGUUAUUAAGUCUGUCACACGCAACGGUCGCUCCAUCGUGUUAACUGCAGUGCUGGCCGUCAUCCUCAUCUACCUCUUCUCCAUCAUCGCUUUCAUCUUCUUCCGUGAUGACUUCCUGAUGGAGGUGGACCCCCUGACAGCUGAUGACAGUCCCCAACUAGAGGAUGUUAACGCCACAGUGCCUGAAAGUACUUGUUCUGCAGGCGACAAAAACUGCACGCCCACUGGGUCGAUUGUCAGCCAGUUGAUCCAGGCAGGAAAAGAUACACUGAGUGGAGCCGGGGCCAGCGACAUGGAGGAAGAAGGCAAGCAGCGGACGUGCGACACCCUCAUCAUGUGCAUCGUCACCUCUCUCAACGAGGGGCUGAGGAACGGCGGCGGCAUUGGAGACGUCCUCCGUAAACCCAGCAGCAAGGAGCCUCUGUUCGUGGCGAGAAUCGUCUACGACUUGCUGUUCUUCUUCAUCGUUAUCAUCAUCGUCCUCAACCUCAUCUUUGGUGUCAUCAUUGACACCUUUGCCGAUCUCAGAAGUGAAAAGCAGACAAAAGAGGAGGUCAUCAAAAACACCUGUUUCAUUUGUGGACUUGAGAGAGGUGAAUUUGACAAUCGGUCCACAUCGUUUGAGGAACACAUUCGAUCUGAGCACAACAUGUGGCACUACCUGUUCUUCAUCGUGCUGGUGAAGGUGAAGGACCCCACGGAGUUCACGGGGCCGGAGAGUUACGUCUACGACAUGAUCAAGGACAAAAACCUUGACUGGUUCCCAAGGAUGCGGGCGAUGUCGCUGACAGCAGAUGACAGUGAGGGCGAACAGAACGAUCUGCGCAAUCUGCAGGUGCAACUGGACUUCACAAACAAGCUGGUCCAGGUCCUCUCUCACCAGCUGUCGGAACUCAAGGAUCAGAUGACAGAACAACGGAAACAGAAACAGAGGAUGGGUCUGCUCCAACACAACCCUGUGUCCUACGUCAACUAGGACCAUAGACCAGCACCUUCCUUUCUUCAUCACAUCACCUACCCCGGGCAGCUCCAACAGGAGGAUGACUGAUGUCCUCGAUGUCAAUUGGGACCUGUAGACCAGCACCUUCCUUUAUUCAUGACAUCACCUGCCCUGGGCAGCCUGGAUAGGAGGAUGACUGAUGUCCUCGAUGUCUUCAUCACAUCACCUGCCCCGGGCAGCCUCAGACCUCAUUGUUCCAAUGUAUUACAACAUGGUCACACUAAUGGAGGGAGUGAGACUGUCCUAGUGCUGUGGUUGGUUCAAGCAUUCAGUCACAUCUGUAAUGGAGUAUGUUCUAUCCUGCUGUUGCUGCAGCUAGUGCUCAGUUAGUCUUGACUAUCCAUUCAGAUUUAGGAAAGUGUGUAUGGAGAUGAUGCCAAGGUAGCAGUGUUGGAUUCAGUUGGACGAGGCACCCCAUGUAGUUAGUGUCAGGGCUCACAGAUUAUCUUCCACUCUGACAACCUGGACACCAACCAGGGAUCCCAUCAAACAGCCAUCCACGUCCCUUGUCCAUUGACUUCUCCGGAGAAGCUCACUCCCACGUCUGUGCAUGUAUGUAGGUGAUAACGGCCAGAUGGGCGUCAUUGUCCCAACCAUUCACUGCAAUGGAUGUCAUCCAAUUUCUUCACAGUUUGUGCACAUAUUUUUCUAUCAAAAUCAGAGUGUUUCUUCAAUGAAGAAUGCAUUUUCCCAGACUAUCUUAAAAGAACUUUUAUAUGAAAAUUAAGACAUUAGACGUAGUAUGUUACCACGGUAACUGAUGUGAAACGCCAGUGAGUGAUAUAUGUAUAUGUGUGUGUGGUGCUGUACAGAAAGGCUGAGCCAUGAACACAACAGUUGAACAAUUUUACAAAUAUAUUUUAUCAUGGUCACAAAUUACGAUCCCGUGAUAACAUUAUCAUCAGAUAAUGCUGUUGGUGUUGUAGAUAUGUCGUGUAAGAGGGAGACUAGCCCUGCUCACAUGGCAGAUGCAGUGUAGUUUACCGUAAUCUCUCUGGUAGAAGACAGGGGUGGAAUUAGUCAUCAAAGAGUGACACAAAUAUUAUUUUCUGAACAUGUUGUAUUGUUUGUACUCGUCAUUCCUCUUCAGAACAGAAGUGGGUAAAAGAGGCAUGGACGCAAAUUAAGAAUAAAAGUCAGGGGAUGUUAAAAUUGCUAUAUUUGGUGGGUGGCAUGUUGUUACGAAAUAUGAUCACAGAAAGACUCACAGAUUUCAGGGCCACGUUUCUGCCACAGUAAUGGCCGCCCCUUGUUACAACAGGUCGAAAGUCUACAGGAAACAUGUUUUUUUUCCCAAUUUGUGUUUCUUACCUGUGUCUAGAGAAUGUUUAAUAUGUCCAUAGAUGUCCGCAUUCUACAGAUCUUGUAGAGACCACGCUAUCACCCUACAUGACGAGUCUUCAACGAGUCUUCACCGAAUCUUCACCGAAUCUUCACCGAAUCUUUUCCAAGGCCAAUUAAUGUUUCACUUCCCCCAGUCUUCAAGUUUUUCUUUCAUGUUUAAAUGUUUCUUUGAAUGCAAGAGUGGCGACCUGGUAUAUGUACAUAUGUAACCAUGGUAACUGAGAAUUAGUUUCCAAAGAUGUAUAUGCAACUUUCCAUGUUUGAAUGUCCUUGUGUUAGUGAUGAGAGUCUGGGGAUUACCUUUGUCUGAAGCGAGACAGUUGAUUCAUAGACCUGCCCUACACUUGUUCCUGUCAAAAUUCUGACUGAAAUGCUCUCUUUUUGACCCCUUGUUCCUCCUUAUUUAUGUAUCAAUUCUUAUUUAAAAUGUGAAUACCAUUUUAAGAAAAAGAAACAAAUCUAACAGACAUAUCAUGUGUAAAAACUCUGUUCAAUUAGCCAGUCAGUGAUGUCAGGGCCAGUCAGUGAUGUCAGGGCCAGGCAGUGAUGUCAGGGCCAGGCAGUGAUGUCAGGGCCAGUCCAUGUCAGGGCCAGUCAGUGAUGUCAGGGCCAGUCAGUGAUGUCAGGGCCAGGCAGUGAUGUCAGGGCCAGGCAGUGAUGUCAGUGAUGUCAGGGCCAGGCAGUGAUGUCAGGGCCAGGCUGUGAUGUCAGUGAUGUCAGGGCCAGGCAGUGAUGUCAGGGCCAGGCAGUGAUGUCAGGGCCAGGCAGUGAUGUCAGGGCCAGGCAGUGAUGUCAGGGCCAGUCCAUGUCAGGGCAAGGCAGUGAUGUCAGGGCCAGUCAGUGAUGUCAGGGCCAGGCAGUGAUGUCAGGGCCAGUAAGUGAUGUCAGGGCCAGGCAGUGAUGUGUUUAGAUUUAUUGGGUGUUUUGGUGCUAAGAAGUUGCAAGAUCCACAAUACAAAACGAUGUUCAUCAUAAAGAAAACAUCUCUUGUAGAUAUUUGUAGAAUAGUUUCUUUGCAUAUAUUUUCCUAUAAUGAAAUAUCGAUCUGGACUCAAACAUGAUAAAAUUGUAUAGAGAGUAAACUAAUAAGCAGAAUUUAAUAUAUUGAUUUUGUUGAUUGGUGUAAAGAAAUGGAUACAAAGUAUAUAUCAGCUGUUCUUUCUCCUUCAAAGUCUAUGUUUUGAAAGAAGAGCUACACUAACACAUCCCUACACAGUUCCCAUUUGCAGUAGGUCAGAGUUGAAUGUUAUCCAAAUGUCUGAGACAGCAGACUUUUACAUAACUGUAUGGUUUGAUUGUCCAAACACAGGAAUGAUAGUCCAGCACGGAGCGGAAGAAGUCUGUGAGUUUAAGACUUGCCUGUUCUGGUGAAUCCUUCAGAUCAUGCUGCAUCUAGUAGAACAGUAUAAUGAUAUUCUCUUCACAAGAGUAGACCUGUGAAGACCAGGGGUAGAAUCGGUCUUCAGCAGCCAAUGCUUGCCAUAAAAGGCGACUAUGCUUGUUAUAAGAGGUGACAAAUGGGAUCAGGUGGUCAGGCUAGCUGACUUUGUUGAUGCAUGUCAUUGUAUCCCUAUUGCUAAGAUCAAUGCUCAUGAUAUCAAUCACUGGAUUGUCUGGUCAACACUUGAUUAUUUACAGACCGCUGUCAUAUAGCUGGAAUAUUGCUGAGUGCGGAGUAAAACAAACAAACAGUACAUGAGAAGUUCCUUUAAUGUGCUGGGUCAUUAUUAUGUCUAACAGUGUUGUACAGGUGGGAUUUGACACCAAAUCUGAUCUGGCGGACUUGUUUGAGCCCAACAACACAACCAGGUUCUCUCUAGGGCCAGGUGAACAGGCUUGGUUGUCGGGGAGUAUUUCCUGAGCAACAUUCUAUAACAGAAAUAUUUGAAUAAUGGUAAUGUGAAAAUGUCCCAUUAAUGAAGUGUUAAAACUGACAGUCACAGAGGUUAAACUGCUUGUUUAUGGGGCUACAAGAACUCAUAUUUGAUGUUUCUAAAUAUUCAAUCAUUAGAUAACAGCUAUCUUCCUUGUGUAAUGCAUUUCCUAGUUCAGAAUAUGCACUUUUGUAUGCACUAUUUUAAUACACAAUACAAAUGCACACUUAUAACAUAUCUAUGCCAAACAGUCAAAAUGCAUUUAUGUAGCAAGUUUUUAGAAAACAGUCACCAUAGUGAUUGAGCAUUUGCUUGCAGGCUUUAUGGAAUACUCUUCCGCUAGCGCUGACAGUUCUAGACAAGGACUUCUGAAUUUAGGGAGCGACAAUUUGACCUUUAGGGAAGGGAGAUAAUUCAGUCUGGAAGAACUCACAAAAUUUGGCCCAAAAUGAAUUGGAUAAAAAACUGAAAAAAUAAACACUGUGUUAUGUGAAAAUUAUAUGUUUCUCUGCGAAAAAAGAGCCCAGCCCCAUAAAGGAAUUACCGGUAAUGGUUAGCCCUUCAGUUUUCACUGUCAUUCAGAUUGCCACUAACAUUUCAGUGUAAGUCCCCUCGGGUAUUUACUUGCAAGAGUUGGGCCAAUGUCAAUGAUAAAAUAUCAGCUAGUCAGCAUUUUAAUAAGUUUUUAACAAUAUCACCCUUAGUAAGGAUUGAUUUUAUCCUUUUAAAACUGAAGUCUUUUCAUCAUUGAACCCCCAUCAUGUAGUGUCUCAGGACUGUUUUACCCCACAGGAAUGCUGGCUGUGGUCCCAAGGUGUCCUGUUUUAUUGAAUCAUUGUGUUGACAUUCCAUGGUUUGAGGCAACGAGUUCGCUGUUCUGUUACCAGUUGUGAAUUUACAAUCCUGUGUGUAUAAAUGUUUACCUUUAGAUAUAUUUCUUAAAACGUUAAUACUUAUUCAAACUUAACCACAUUUCUACAUUACUUAGAACAUAUCUCAGAUUUCGAGAAGAGGCCUUCACUACAUAAUUAAAAAUCUAGUUGUAUUAUCAAUGUAUUGAAUGUUACAAUUUAUAGUACAAUGCAAUCAUUUCAUUCCCUCAUACAACAGAUUCCAUAUAUUCCUAAUACUUAAAGGAUUUCGCUGUACUUACUCUGAUUUACCCACCCUCGGAUGCCAUUGUCAUAAUUUCCAGAUUUUAUUGUGGGACUAACGUCCGUAUUGAUGUCAUUAUUGGCAGAGACCCUAUGCUGAGGGUCUCUGUACAUGGUCUCUGUUAUUGGAUAUAGAUCUGUGAGGGAGUUAUGCAAUACAGUAUGUUGAACCUUCUGCUGCAGGCAACAUCCAAUGACAGCCCUCUCCUCGUGCUCUUCAAGUCAAUAACCCAAGCCAAAAUACAGUAAUAAAUAUUUAAACUUUUUAUAUGAUAUAAA